ACCUUUUGGUAGCGCAAUGGCAUAGUACUGCACUCCUUAUGUCGUUCCGUGACACCAGGUUCGACGACUUGAUGCCCUUCUGAAAUCAUUGCAGAGAAGUUUAAAACUCUUCAUGUCUCGAAGUUCUCAUCAAUCUUCAGGUCCCUUGCUAUUUUGGAUGGAUACACUUUGCAUACCCGUCCGCCCAGAGGAUACUUCUCUUUGUCUUACGCAGAUUAACAAUAUGGCUUCUAUAUUUAAAGGGGUGACAUCUAGCCUGGUAUUGGAUGCCGAACUUAUGACGACUUCCAUUAACACUAAGCCAUUAUUUCCCAAAUCUACGCAUGUUACAGACCACGGCCGGAUCAGUUUGAGUACUAAGGUGCGUGCUCAGAUCGCUUGCAGCGUUUGGAUGCCGCGCUGUUGGACAUUCCAGGAGGGCCAACUCCCGCCUUUGCUCGCGAUAGCAUUCAUCAACAGUAUGGUAGUAUUGGGAAGAAUUGAUGGGUCAUAUUCUGAAAGGUUGUUCGUCUAUGGAGCCUCUGGACAGCCAAUCAUAACUAGGCAAGAUGGUGUAGAAGCAAUACUUAUUGAAGCAACCAAUGUGUAUGAAGUGCGACAAAUUAACAGGGGCUCUUCCUUGGUUUGCGAGUGUGUCGACAUAGCUCUCCAGGAGUCGCUUUACACCACAUUCUUCCUCACGAAGGACUACGAAUUUGUCACAGCGUGGAAUGAGCUUUCAGGGCGAUCAACGACUAAGCCUCACGACAUUCCCUCGAUCAUUGCAAAUGUUAUGGAUCUAAGCAACCGGCCGCUUCUUGAAUACCAUACAACUCAUGAAAUGUUCCAAGUGAUAAUUCUGAGUUUUCCCAUUUCAAUAUUUUUCAACACCGGGCCUAGGCACGAUCAAGAUUGCGACCACAAGAACAGAUGGAUUCCACGAGGUGUUGGUGCGAAUUUACUCUCUGCCAAACCCUGGAUGAAAGUUCAUCGAUCACAUCUUUCUUACCGGUACCAUCCCAAAGAAAACGAGCUAUUGGUUUACUCUUUAGACAGAGUUGUGUCGCUAAAGUCGCAAGUGUACUUCCGUUGCAACACGAGCGGCACCACAUACGUCGUGGGCCCAUCCAUGUCUAUCAAAGACGAAAUGAACAUUGACCUUUACAGUGCCACAAUGAUAUUAAUCGAGAACGCCAAAUCCCGGAUGAAGAAAGGCCAAUAUCGCGGAGCCUUGUUUUACCUCCAAAAUCCCAAAGCCACGUCUCUAGAGUGGUUGGGAUGGUGUCAGACUAAACCAGAGCUCACAUACGUUCGUCCCUUGCAUCUGGAAAAGGUCAAAACCACAGACCUGAUGCCAGAAGGGGCAGCCCAGUUUCAUAUAAUAAAGCUUGUGACGGCCGCAUGCGAACUGACUAUCAAAUAUGACCCUCUUCCCAAGUUCAAGCCUUUAACGCGCAGAAGGUGGCUCAAACAAUUCGGCUCGCUUGCGGUGUUUAUUUUGGGUGUUAUCUACGUCCUCAUCUGGGCUGUUGGUUUUUAUAUUCGCUUAUCCCGUCAAGUCGGAACGGUUUCCGCCUUUCUCGCAGCAAGCGGUGUUUGUCUCGCUCUGCUAUUCGUAGGUUUUACCAUCAAAAGAUAUUUGAAACGUUGGCUGAAUUGGAGAUAUAUACAAUCAUUUGAAGUUAUUGCGAAUAGGGAAUCGGUUAAGACUGGGGUUUAGGUGUAGUUUGUUUGUGGGUCGAGUCAAUCUAUGCAGUUAUUUCUAGCGAAGAUGUCACCGUGCUGCCCUGCUGUACUUCAAAGUAGACUUAUCGCACAAGGAAAAGAUUCGAACUCUUGCCCUUUACCCUUUUAUUUGGCUUUUAU